AAAAUAUUUUACGCCGGGCAUAAACUAAAUGGUUGUGUUCGCUUUGCAUUGUGGGAUUAGUGGUGAUGGGCGUGUGUGCUCGGCGUGUCCUGAUGAAUUAGUUACAUCUCGCGGUGUUCGUUAAAUUUUAAUUUGUGGGAAAAGUCGGAAAUUUGUUUGGAAAUUAAUAAAUUAUGUAUCGUAAGCAAGACGUAGGUGAAAGCUUGCAAUUCUAGUAUUUUGCAGAAAAUUCCACAGUGCAGAUGUGAUCUUCAUAGCGCGAAACAGUGUUUUCAUUGGAUAUUUGCUUUGAUUGACACGUGACGUACGCGUUCUCGAUUCUUCCCUGGACAAAACUGGACAAAACCAAAACAAACCAGCUGAUUCACACGCUUUGGUGUUGGUGCGACUUGUUAUAAUUUUGUUGUGCAAGAAAUUUGUUUGAUACAUCGGAGAUACGGAUAAACAAGCGAGAAGACACCCAGACAGAACCAAGUUAUAACUGACGUUAGUACGAGAAAAAAACGUUUGUUGAGAAUUAAGAAGAACGAUCACAAGUGCUAUUGAGAAGGACGUUUGGCGAGCGAGAUAGGACACGGACUAAGAAGAGGAGUGAUCGUAGAAGUGCAGGCAUCCAAGGAGAUUGUGCCUGGGCGAGAGGGCAAGGAGCAGGACAGAUGGCCGACACUGUACGCGUCGAGAGAUAAGUGUGAAGCCAAGGGUACUGUCACAGAAGCUAUGCCAAUGAUUCUUGAGCUUGGAGUACAACCGACAAUGGCGGUGUUCCAGAUGGAUCCGACACAUCACAGCGCGAUGGUGGAUCUGCCGUGGCUGGGCGGCCCGUGCGAGCAGUCCCUGUUCCACGACCUCGACACCGACGUGCCGUCCAUCUACGGCGGCAUCUGUCGCUCCAGCAGCUCGAGCGGUAGCAGCACCGGCAGCAUGUGCUCGCCGACAGGUGGCAGCACGGUUGGCGGCGGCGGUGGCGCGGCGACGACGGCCGACCUCGACAUGGUGAAGAUCGAAGACGAGGUGAUGACGAGCUGCGAACUACGCUGCCUCGCGUCGUCCGGCCGCAACGAGUUCGACGACAUCACGACGACGGAGGAGCUCGUCUGGGCGGGCCAGGACCUCGACAUGCUCAAGAUGGAGGACAUCUUCCAGGUGGACGAGGCCGACCUGAAGCAGAGUCCGACGCUCGCUCAGCUGAACAGCGUCGACGAGUCCUGCGUCGAUCUCUUCGAUUACGAGCGGGCGUCGUCCACCGCCUCCGCCCGUCCGGCACCGACGAUGACCAAAGUCGCCGCCAAGUCCUCUAGUCUGCCAUACAAGAAAGCAGCCGCCAUCAUCGCGGCGGCAGCAGCGAGAGCCGCUGCCGGUUCGCCGCGGCGGAUCAACGCCUACGUCGCACAGUCGGUCGCCAUGAUCUCGAGUACCUCGGAAGUUCAGCAGGACCUGCUGAGUCAGAAUCCUAGUCUCCGCGCUCUUCUCGCGCAGCCCUUGCCGCAGCAAGUGCCCUCGUGGACGGCCAGCUCCACGACCGCAAAACCCGAGCUCGACAAGAGGUGGGAGGAAAUUGUCGACUUUAUACACGAAGAUAAGGACGCGUCGGCCAAGCUACGACGCGACAAGAACGAAAGUUGUAGCAGGAAGCGAAAUCUUAGCACAAGCACUGUUGGGUCAUAUGAAGAUUUGGACCAUGAUGAACAUGGCGACAGUGAUUUGGACUCCGACAAUGAGGAAUUCCUGAGCGACAAUAGCAGCCAAGACAGCAGUUUUCUCCAACCAACGACACCCAAAAAGAAGCAACGAUUCUUCUGGCAGUACAAUUUGCAGGCGAAAGGAGCCAAGGGAGAAAAGCUACGUGUCAUAUCGCAGCCUGAAGAUCCCCAUCAUCUGGAUGCUGCCACAGACCCCGUCUUUAGCCCGUCAAUUCACAUAAAGUAUGUGAACAAAGACUAUUCUAAGGGGGAACGUGGCAUAAAACACAGCGGCAAGGCACGGCGCGGCGACGGCAAUGACUUGACGCCGAACCCGAAGAAGUUGUACGCGAUUGGACGAGAACUGAGCAAGUUGGGGAAGCUCAUCAACGACAUGACGCCGGUCAGCGAGGUGCCGUUUAAUUCUCGGCCGAGAUCUCGACGCGAGAAGAAUAAACUGGCGUCGCGCGCCUGCCGACUGAAAAAGAAGGCGCACCACGAGGCAAACAAGCUGAAACUUUUCGGGCUGGCACGAGAGCACGAGGCCCUGCUUAAAUUGAUGGAUACGGUGCGGAGUGAGCUGGCGACGAGAUACAAGAGUCCCAAUGUGAAACGUGAAGAGACCGCCACCCAGUUUCUGGACAGAUUAAUCAAAGGACAAGGCGAAGCUGUAAAGGUGGGAGAUUCGACCGAAUUCAUUACAGAAAUACUACAGAAUGUCGAGAAGGGAAAUGCGACAGGAGGGCUGAAAUACUAAUGACGAAAUGGUCGUAAUAGCAAAUGAAAUCUGUUGCUACAUCUGAUCAGAUCAAACUCAUCAU